GACUUCUUUUCCUUCUUUUUUUUGGAUUUUUGUUUUGUUUUGGAUCUGGCUUCCCGCUGGCAGCGCUGAGGGGCUGCAAGUGUGGGGGAAGGAGGCAGGAGGCUGGGGCUCAGCUCAUCCCUCUCGGGCAGCAUCCCCCCCCCCCCCCCGGGACAUCGCGGAGAACGAACCUCCGGACGGCCGGACAAACAGCCGGCCGCGUCAUCUAUUCGAAGGAACUCCAUCUACCAACUACUGUUAAGUGUUUGCUGGCACACCAGUGGUGGGGGUGGUGAUGGUGAUAGUUUCUACUAGUGUUACCUCUGGACAGGGGUCCUGGGACUCGGAUCAGGGUCAGCUUAGUACUCCGAAACUGCUGAGGAAUUAGGCAAACAAAAGAGGCAGAGAGAAGAGAGAGAGAGAGAGAGAGAGAGAGAGAGAGAGAGAGAGAGAGAGAAAGAGAGAGAGAGAGAGCAGAAGUCUUCUGCGCGGUUUGUCGCGCCCCCUUGUUCUCUGGGGGUGGGGGGCUAGCCAGUUGCAGGGCGGGAAGAGGGCACCAGAGCGGGCUAGGCAGGGUCGCACCCCCUAGGUCGUGUAGUUAUCCUCCGGUUGUGCAAGCUUUGGCCCUUGUUUUCCCGGCCUGGCUCGUUUGGAGGCCGGACACAUCCACCCUUGGAAUUGGUUCAGGACUCUGCUGUUAUUCUCCUCGCCCCUCUUGGAUUUUCUGGAUUCUUGAAGACGCGGUGGCCAGGGACGAGAGAGGAAGGAGGAAGGAACAGCUCUUCAGAGGAAUGUGAGAGCCUCCCAAAGGAGCUGGGAGCCGGGGAGGCAGAACCUUGCCUGCGUUCCUGGGACCGUGGUCCGCAGCGGAUUCUUUUCUGUUGUACAACGUUGUUCUAGUGGAAAGUGUCUGUCGCAUUCUUGUUCUAGCAGAGCUUGUUUCUCCAGGCAGAUACCCCAAGGCUGGAUAAGGCUGUUUCUGGACCAUGGACGUUUCUUUGAAGAGAAGGCAGCUAGACCGCAUCUUGUGCAUGCCGAGACCCCUGCCUGAGGGUCUGAGUAAGGUAUACUAGACUUGGAGCUGCAAGUACAUUUUUGGACACCCUGCUGAGCAUCCUGAGUCCGGGCAAGGUAUUUUCCUGCCAAUAUUGACCUGCCUGGUAGCCUAGCCAUGGCACUGAAAGGCCGAGCCCUCUAUGAUUUCCACAGUGAGAACAAGGAGGAAAUCAACAUCCAGCAGGAUGAAGACCUGGUUAUCUUCAGUGAGACUUCACUGGAUGGAUGGCUGCAGGGGCAGAACAGCCGUGGGGAGACAGGGCUCUUCCCUGCUUCUUACGUUGAGAUCGUCCGUCCUGGCAUCAACACCAACCACGUGGACUACCCCAGCAGCCCUGCAGGCUCCCUGGGCACCCAAGUGAGUUUGUAUAACAGCCCUAGUGUGGCCAGCCAAGCCAGGAGUGGUGGGGGCAGCGGCUUUCUCUCAAACCAAGGAAGCUUUGAGGAUGAUGAUGACGAUGACUGGGAUGACUGGGAUGAUGGAUGCACAGUGGUAGAAGAGCCAAGGGCUGGUGGCCUAGGUACCAAUGGGCACCCUCCACUCAACCUUUCCUACCCGGGUGCCUAUCCCAGCCAGCAUAUGGCUUUCCGCCCCAAGGCACCCUUGGAAAGGCAGGACAGUCUAGCGUCCGCCAAGCGGGGCAGUGUGGUGGGACGGAACCUCAAUCGCUUCUCAUGUUUCGUGCGCUCCGGAGUGGAGGCCUUUAUCCUUGGUGAUGUGCCCAUGAUGGCCAAGAUUGCUGAGACCUACUCCAUCGAGAUGGGCCCCCGUGGCCCUCAGUGGAAGGCCAACCCCCACCCAUUUGCCUGCUCCGUAGAGGACCCCACCAAACAGACCAAGUUCAAAGGCAUCAAGAGUUACAUCUCCUACAAGCUUACACCCACCCACGCCGGCUCACCUGUUUACCGGCGCUACAAACACUUCGAUUGGCUGUACAACCGCCUUCUCCACAAGUUCACUGUCAUCUCUGUGCCCCACCUGCCUGAGAAGCAGGCCACUGGCCGCUUCGAGGAGGACUUCAUUGAGAAGCGUAAGCGACGGCUCAUCCUCUGGAUGGACCACAUGACUAGCCACCCCGUGCUCUCGCAGUACGAGGGCUUCCAGCAUUUCCUCAGCUGCCUCGAUGACAAACAGUGGAAGAUGGGUAAACGCCGGGCAGAGAAGGAUGAGAUGGUGGGUGCCAGCUUUCUGCUCACCUUCCAGAUCCCCACAGAGCACCAGGACCUGCAGGACGUAGAGGACCGCGUGGACACAUUCAAGGCCUUCAGUAAGAAGAUGGACGACAGUGUCCUGCAGCUGAGCACCGUGGCAUCGGAGCUGGUGCGGAAGCAUGUGGGGGGCUUCCGCAAGGAAUUCCAGAAGCUGGGAAGUGCCUUCCAGGCCAUUAGCCAUGCCUUCCAGAUGGAUCCUCCCUUUAGCUCCGAGGCCCUCAACAAUGCCAUUUCUCACACCGGCCGGACCUAUGAAACCGUUGGUGAGAUGUUUGCUGAACAGCCCAAAAAUGACCUCUUCCAGAUGCUUGACACACUGUCUCUCUACCAGGGCCUGCUCUCCAACUUCCCUGACAUUAUCCACCUGCAAAAAGGUGCCUUUGCCAAGGUGAAGGAGAGCCAGCGCAUGAGUGACGAGGGCCGCAUGGCUCAGGAAGAGGCAGACGGCAUCCGCAGGCGCUGCCGUGUGGUAGGCUUCGCCCUGCAGGCUGAGAUGAACCACUUCCACCAGCGCCGUGAACUUGACUUCAAGCAUAUGAUGCAAAGCUACCUGCGCCAGCAGAUCCUUUUCUACCAGCGGGUGGGCCAGCAGCUGGAGAAGACCCUGCGCAUGUACGACCAUCUCUGACAGACUGACUGACCACACGUGCAGGUCCCCUUCCCAGCUGGACCUAGUCCCUGCAGCCCACCCCACUCCAAGGCUCCCUGCCCCUAGCAGUGGCUCAGGUGCUCAGGAGUGGGAGAGGCGAGUGGCCUGUUAGGAGAGAAGGGACUUAGGAGACGUCCUGGUACCCCUGGAGAAGUCUUCCCUCACUUUAGAGAUGGGUGAAUGGAGACAGAGUCCUCUGAGCCAAAGCCUGGGCUGCUGGUCAGUCCCUAGAGAGCAGGAGUCUCUGUAGCCUGUAGUUCACGCUCACCUGGCCACCACACCCUGUUUAUUCCCUGGACUCCGUUGACUGCUGUGGCCAUGGCUGAGACCCUAGUGACCAAGCCUGGAACGUGCCUGUCCCAGAAGAGCCACCUUUCAAGAUGGAUAUCAGACGCUGCAGUGUGACAGUGACAUUUAAGGAUUCCUGGAAACUCCUUGAAAGACCACAGAACUCUGCUGGGCGGGGGACGCUCCAUGGAGGAGGUGACAUUCCAGAAUGUCUUGAAGAAUUGCAAGGACCUACAAGACAGGAAAUGGGUGAAGGACAUGGGGAGAGGACCAAUGCUGUCUCUCCUCUUCUUCACCUUUUCCAAACAAGUUUGGUAUCCUCUCUAUGGGUUCUGGUCAGUCUGACAGAGGGAGGGAUCAUCCUUGCUCCGUGGUCCCUGGAUUUCCCCGCCGUACCACUUCUGCAGGGGGAGACUGCAGGCCAACUCCCUCCUAGAGGUCUUGGACUCCCCUCUACUUUGGUUGGGGGACCCCCCUCUAUUUUUCCUUAUUGAGGGGACUAUGCAGCAACGUUCCCUUCUCUGGGCUCAAGAUGCUCAAGCCAGGAAGCACAGAGCCCUGAUGGUGCCUUUCGGGAGGAACUCUCCAAAGUGACCAGCAGGAACUCCCCAUCUAGCAGGUCCAGGUCCCAAGUUCCCAGGCACCUUUGCUUCUGUGGCCUGGUCUUCUCAAACCCUUCUCAUUGCACGGUGGGACGUCUGAGAGAAAGAAACUGGGAACUUUAGACCCCCUGCUCCUGGCCAGGUUCACUCACAGGUUGUGCUACCACCCACCUAUGUUUACAUCCUCCAGGAGUUACUGCCCCCUCCCUUACCCUUCAGGCCAGGAUGCGGCCCAGCAGCAUGUUGUUGGGAAGUGACCCUGUCCCCGCCGCCGCCUUCCUGGAAGCCAUGGUCUGUCUGCUCCUGGGUCCCGCUGCUUCACUCUUUCCUCUUGAUAAACCUUUUACAGUUACUGUAGCAGAA